AUGGAGCUCUCAAUGUGUUCUGGGCAAAGAAUGAAAGAAUUGAUAAAGAUUCACAUGGUUCCACGACAUUAUGCUGAGUUUACCGAGAAAUAUUUCGACAAGAAACUUCUCAAACACAAAAAAAUUGAUUUGGAUAUUGGUUUAGGUUUAAUUUUCGAUAUGUAUGAUAAGAAACCAGAAAUGAUGGGUAAGUUAGAAUGUAUUUCAUCAUAUUUCAUAUUUCGAAAUCACAAAAUUCAGAUUUUUAUGGUCCAUUUACCAAGUUCAUGGAUGCAUUGAUGAUUGCCAAUCGUCGUCCAUCAUUCACAAAACAAGAAAUUGCGUAUUGGGUGGUAAUAAAAUAUUUAUAUUUGAAAAAUCAUCUCUAUAAAAUACAAUUACAGAAAAUUUAUAAAAUCCAACCUCGUCUUGUCACUGGAAAAAAUGGAGUUGAAUACGUCUUUUUAAGCGAAGCACAAGCGUAUUUUACCGACACUUUAUCGGUUGACAAAGGAAGAAAAGUAACAGUCGAAGAAUUAGGUAAUUAUUGAUGUCUAAACUAUGUUUUCGAAAUUUAACGAAUUAUUUCAAUCAGGUAUGGCCUUUCCAAUUCUACCACAAGGUUUUCAUCAAGUAUUAUCCAAACAAUAUUUCUUCGACAAUUCUGACAAAAUCGGUUGUGUUUUACCAUUACGCAGAGAUCAUAUUUAUGUUCCUGGAUAUAUGAAUGUUAUGCCAGUUACUUCACCAAAAGGAACAUAUUGUAAUUGGGGAGUUGAUGCAUUCAGAAAAGUUGUACAAUUUAUUAGUUUGGAAUUGAACGUGUUCGAAUUUUGUCCUCCAGAGAAAUAUUGCCAAUUUCACGAAAUUAUCCAAAGUCUCAAUUCAUUGUUCCCACCAGAUUUGGUGAGUUGGAGAAAAAAUAACGAUUGCCAAUGUUUUUCAUUCAGAAUACGCCAGUUUUCAUCGAUGAAGAUUUGGUGAAAACAGCUUGUGAAACUUUGAGAGAGAAAUUCAAGCCAAUUUUGGUUGAACAGGCAAGAAAUUACUCAACUAUAAAAUAUUAAAAUAUUUUGUUUCUAGCCAUACGAUGAUCUUUCUUUCAAAUCCGAAAAUAUCAAAUUGACACCUGAAUCCAUUUUGGAACAUAUCAAAAAUGCUCGACCAUUCUGCAAACAAUUUUUCAGUUUGGAAGCAGCCAUUGAAGCCGCCUUUUUUGAAACUGAAUUUGAACAUGGAGAAUUAGGAGAUGAUGAUGAAGAUGGAUUAUCACUUUCUGAAAAGAUUUUCAAACUUCGCGAAGAAGCUAUUGUUUUCAUGAUGCUUUUCGAAUUCCCACAGGUUGCUUUUUUAUUAUUCAAUUUUCAAAAGCAAAUAUAAUUUUGUUUCAGUUCGCAUAUUUUUAUCAUCAUCAUGAGCGGUGUCAAUUGUUUCCAAAAUGUUAUUGUGACUUUGAUAUUCGCGGUUUGCUCGAAUCAACAAAACAUUCGAAAUGUGAUGAAGAUAUCUUGGAAAUUGAUGAUGUUACACUCCACUUUUUUGACAAAUUAAUCGAAGAUUCUGAUUCAAUCAAGGAAACAUAUGCUGAAACUUCUCAAAUCUACCAUAAUAAUAAUGAACAACUUGAAGCUGAAGCUGAAAGGGCUGCUAGAAAAAAUGAAAAGAACCGCAGAAAACGCGAAAGAAAUGCACUAAAGGUUAGUAAUUUAUAUAGAGACUUUUAAGUAUAAUUUUUCAUAUUUACUUGUUUUCAGAAACGUGAAGCCAAAAAUAAUGAAAAUGAUGAUUCUGCCUGUGAUUUGGGUUCUGUUUAA